AUGUCUGCAAUUAGCACGCCGUCUUCAAAAGCACAUGUUAAUUCACUAGCCUCAGCGCUACAUUACCUUGCCCAGAAGACAGCUUUCUUCAACUACGACACGGAGUUUCCGAAGAAACUUCACACUUGUGCGAAUACAAUUUAUUCUCUGCAUUUUUCGCAAGUGCCGGCGAGUAGAAUUUACAUUUCCGUCCUCUCGCUUAUUUUUGUAACCGUUCGUAUGUUGUGGGCACAGUAUGUCCAGGAAAUCGAUGACCGAUAA